AUGCAAUUUAAUUUAGAAACUGAUAAUAACCUAAUAAUAAGUGAUUUUAGGCCAGAGGAAUGUAUAGACUUCCUCUCAAUGGAAUCUAUUUCAGAUGUUGGAAUUUAGUUUCCAAAACCAUAAAAUAGCAAAUAUGAUGUUGAUCCUCCUCCAAAUUCAAAAGACUUAAAGGAAAAGGUAAUUCUAAGUCCAUUAUCACCUAAUUUCGAAGGACUAAAAGAGUGUGAAUAAUUAAUAUUACUAUCUCCUUAAAAUUUAUCAUAAAGACCUAUUUAAAAAAAGUCAUCAAUAUAAUUGAUUAAAAAAAACCAAAAAUAAUCAGCAAAUGUCAGUGGAAGUUUUAUGAAAUAUUUUCACACUCGUAGAUUUGUUAACAGAAUAUUGAGAAAUAAACAUAUGUUUCAUAAAUUACAACCAAUACACUUAGAAAUAAUUAAUGAUGCUUCUUCUCAUUAUGAUAAUGAAAUAUUUGGUCAAAAAUCUCAUACUUUCAAACCACUUGGAUUAAUGAAAACUUUACAUUUAUCUAUAUCUCCAAGUCUUACUAAAAAAAUUAUAGCUAAAUACAAAUAGAUAUCUAAUUUAAUUUUGAAAAAGUUUUAAUAGGUUUUAAUCUAAAUUCCAGUAAUUUAACCUGAGAAUAAAGGAAGAAUCAUUUGGGAUGUAGUUCUUUCAAUAACUAGAUUGUAUUUUAUUAUCCUAAUUCCUAUUGAUAUGGUAUUUGAAGAAAGAUUGUUAUAUUCAGAAAAAUUAAUAAUAAUUACUACUUUAUAAACAUUUUUAUUGAUUUUUGACAUGUUUAUCAAUUUUAAUACAGCUUAUUAUUAAUUUGGAUAAAUAGUAUCAGAAAGAUCAAAAAUAAUACAACACAAUUUUAGCAAGGGUUAUGGAUUAGAUGCCUUUUCAGUAAUCUUUUUAAUUUGUUUGUUGUUUGUGAAUUGGGAUUAAAUUGGAGAAUAUGAACCUUUUGUAUUUAUUGGAUUAUUAUCAUUUACUGUUUAAUACUAAAAUAUAACCAAGUUAACUAGAAUUUUUGAAGAAGUUUUAAAUCUUAAUAAAAUUUAGGCAGGUUUUUUAGAAUUAGCAAAAUUAAUCACCUUAUUAUUAUACAUUUUACAUAUUUCUGCUUGUAUUUGGAUUGGGGUAUAUAUUAGACCAUAUAAUAGUGUGGCAGAAUAAGUUCAUCUGUAAAUAAUGGUAAUAGUUGGAUGAUUAAGGAAGAUAUACUUUAUGAGCAAUGGAUAGUUUAAUAUUUGAGAUCGUUUUAUUUCUGCACUGUGACAAUGUUUACUAUUGGAUAUGGCGAUCUAACUCCUUAAUGUAGAGUAUCGUAUUAACUUUAGCUAAUUUAGAAUAUGUGACAUGCAUCAUAUUUAUUAUGAUUUUUAGUAUCUAAUUACCUUAUAGUGUUAAUACUGUAGGAGCUAUAAUUGAUGAAAUAUCUAAAUAUAGUGAAUAAAAAUUAUAGAAGCUACGUAUAAUUAAUACAUAUAUGGCUAAAAAGAAGAUAACCUAUGAAUUAUAGGUGAAAAUUAGGUAAUAUUUAGCCUAUUAUUGGGAAUGUCAAAAUACUUAAAUAUCUUAAGAAGUCAAAGGUAUUUUGGAGUAAUUAUCAGAAAAUCUUCGAGAUUCUUUAAUGUUAGAAGCAAACUCAAUUAUUUUAAAUAGUUGUGAUAUGUUUUCUAAAUUUCUUUCUCCUGGGUUCACAAAGGCUUUAGUAAAUAAGAUUAGAUAUUUGGAUGUUCAACCUGAGAAUAUAGUUGAUUUUUCAGAUUAGCCUGAUUCACAUUAAAAUUAUUAUUUAGCAUUUAUAGAAAUAGGAACAAUAUAAGUUAUUUAAGAUUAAAAUAAUUGUAAAAAUGAUUCAUAUAUUAAACAAUUAAGUUCAGGUUAAGUGUUUGGUUUGUAUGAAUUUAUAACAGGAACAUAUUGUAAUGAGUUUUAUAAAAGUAAAGGAUUUACUAAAUUAUUGAUAUUACCAAGAAAUCAGUUCUUAAAAAUAUUAAGAGAAUUUCCAGAGGAUAAAGAAAAAUAUUGUUAAAUUAGAGAUGAUUUACUUUACAAUAAUGGUGAGUAAUUUUUAAGAGAUAUAGGAGUUUAAUGUUACAUAUGUAAUUCAAGGGAUCAUAUAAGCAAAUUUUGUCCAAUGGUACAUUAUUGUGCAGAUAAAGAAAAAAUAAUUAAAUCUCAUACAUAUAUAAUAAAAUAACCUAGAUAAAAAUAAAGAAGAAAAGUUAGAAGUAUCUAAUUUAAUGGAAAGAUUGAUUAAAAAAUAAUAAUGGAAAUAGCAUAAUAUUUUAAAGAAGAUUUUUGGAAAUAAUGUCAAUAUUAUGAAGUAAAUGAUAUUGAUUAAGAAAAACAAUAAUCUCCUCAAUAUAGUAUUGCUUCGGAUGAAGUUAAAGAUUAUAUUAAAUAACCUCCACAAUUACAAGUAGCUAAAACUUCCUAAAUUAUUUAAAAUAAACAAAUAAUAAAAUAACAAAGAAUUGGAUAGUUGAAUGAAAUACAAUAAUCAAGAAGAGCUGCUCGAUAAAAUACUAUUUCACCUUUAAUGAAAUUUUCAACAAAUCAAUAAAUUGCUGAUUAAUAUGCUUAAAAUGAAUUGAAAGUGUUACCUAGAGCACAUUCUUCUCUAGUAGAAAAUGUAAGCUAAUAGGAAAGUCAAAUCACUCCUGAAAAACAAGAGGAAGAAGAUGGAACAGCAUAGAAAAGCAAUCAACAAAUAAUAUCAAUUAAAGGGGAGUAAAUUUAAACAAAAAAAAGAUGUAUGCCAUAACCUUAAUAAUCUUAAUUUAUUAAAAGAAUUAAAAAUCUAAAAUUAGAAAUUGAAAAGGAUCCUUAAAAGAAAAUGAGUUUAUUAACAGUUACAAAUAUGGAACUUCAAGAGAAUUGGUAAUCUUUAGAAUAAAGGAUAAUAUAAUUAAAAUAAUUUUAGGAGCAGGAAAUAUCAGUAAUGUAAUUAUAAAAUUUAUCUAAUUUAAUUUAACAUUAGUUAAAUGAUAAAUUUAUGAAAUUAGAAAACUUUGAUUUAUAGAAAGAUUUUUAAUAUUAUUAGCCUCAUAAUAAUUUUACAUAAUUAUAAGUAAGUAAUUGUUAUAAUAAACAUCUAAUUGAAAAUUUAUCUAGAUUUAUCAAAUAUUUAUUUUAUCCAUUUGUUUAUAUUCAUAAAUACACUAAAUUGGAUGCUGAAGAAGACUAUAAAUUGGAGAGGUAAAGAAAAACUAUGUCAUUUUCCAAAAAAAAGGCAACUAUAGUAAUUAAGUUUAGAGAUAAAGCAAAAUAAAUUAUAAAUAGUAGAAGAAUAGUACCAGAAUGA